GUUUGACACUGCCAACAGACAGAAUAAAGACGUUUGUACAGUUAAAUAUACAGGUGAUUCUUAGAAAGAAGAAAAAUCAAGGUGGGGAUUGCAGGGAGGAGGAGGGUUUUCUGCUGCGACAAAGGUGUGCGUGCGUGUGUGGUUGGACUAGACUACUUGGCGUGGCAAGGAUAGGAUGUUACGCAGUACUUAUUUACAACCCAGUGUGCUUUGCCCUGACCCGUGGAAUGUUUUCAUCUCGAUCAGUCAGAAUACCGUCUAACAGUGAAUCUGGGAUGACGAGCAACCACAACACUGUAAAGCUUCUGCUUCUGCAUACAUCGGAAUUCCAUUUGAUCCACAUCAUCAGCAUUCGUUUGCACCUGGAUACCAUGGUAACCAGUAAACAUCAGGACGCAAUGACGACACGGGGCGCAGCUCCACGGGUCGCGUUCGGUAGCUGCCAGAAACGGCUGAUGUUUCCAACGCAUUUUGCGCCUGAUCGCAUGGGCAAUGAAAUGCUCGCGCUCUACGGCUCCAAGGAACUAGGACCCGGAUGUCACGACAACCACACGGUGGGCACUCUUACAUAUGAGCUCCAACACAGACCUGAGAGUAAGAGGGGAUAUGUGUUAGGAGCGCGCACUGCACCACGCUUUCUGCCUCCAAUUAAGGCGGCCACCCCUUCACCACAGAAAUACCAGCAGGACUGGACUUGGUCUAAAGUGUGUCCUCCUGGAAAAGCACCAUUCAAUAGUACCACUGCAAGAGUCAGACAUUCAAAUACAGAUUCCAGCCCUGGUCCAGGGGCAUAUGUUCUUGAUAUCAUCCAAAGCAAGAAGGUGUCGUGGCCUAUGAAAUUCAGCUCUCCAGAUUGGUCAAAAGUGCCAUCGCUGGAUAGAAGAGCACUGCGUACAGAGCUCUACCAUGACAAAGAGUUUAGGAAACAGAGGAACAGGCUGGCAUAUCUAAGCUUGUUUUACUGAUGACACUAAAAUGCUACCACAAAAAUUCAGUGUGAUUGUCAAUGCAGACAAACAUUA